GAACUUCUGCAAAGUUACUCUGUCUGCACUGGUGCAAGUACUCCCACAAUGCACCAGUCAUGAAUGGGAUACUGUAAUACACAUUAUACAGAGACUAAUGCAUGAUGGUAUUUUACAAGUGCCAUAUGGUACAAGGUUCACUCAUCAAUUGCCUUAUUUCACAUAUCAAGACAAGAUGGUUGAAUUGUGUACAUGUCAGUUGUUAACAUUGGUUAUGGAGCAGAUAUCUGGAUCUCUGUCACUAUGGAAACAUGUCACAAAACAUUACUCAUCAACUAUAAAGAAUCUCGUAUCUCGGCUGUUUGCUUCACCACCAUCCAGUUCUUCAUAUUGUUUUUUGAUUGGACAGUACUUUUGUCAUAUCUGUCAGGUGGCAUCAAUUGUCCAAUCAGAAGUCUUAGAACAAAUCUUUGUAUUGUCAUUAGAGUUACUCAAUACACUUGAUGAGUUUGCUUCCAACAAUCACACUAUUGAUUCAAUGGAAUUAAUCAACCAGAAAACAGUCAUGCUUUCUGCAGUUGCCAUGGUACCAGACUGCGAGAAAAGGUCAAGAUUAGUGCAGAAAAUGAACACUGUCUUUGAGGGUUGAAUAAGAAGAAAAACAUUUUUCAAAAACUUAGUUUUACGUUCACUGACUUUCCAGAUUAUACCAGAUAGUAAAGAUAUAUGCAGGUUCUGUCGACUCGUAAGUUUUGUUGAAAUGAGCAUUUGAGAUGUAAUCCACAGACACAACACAUAUAAGGUUUCACCACUGAAUUGACUAUUUCUAACAAAUUGUUAAAAAUAAUGUAAUAUAAAUAUCUUAUUAUACCAAGUAUUGUUUUUAUUUUAUUGGCACAUGAUGCAAUAGUAUAUUGAUAAUAUCAUAUCAGUAUGAUGUGUUUGCAUGUCACUACGAGCAAUAAAUAAUUACAAUGGUA